AUGUCAUUUCUAUCUUUUUUUUCUCGCAUAUGGUUUGCAUUUUAUCAAUGUGCUAAUCGUGCUGUCAGUCUUUUACUAAGUUCUAUUUUAUAUUCAUCAGCUGACCAAUUAAAUAAAAUGAAAAAGAAUUCAAGAUUAAGAGAUGAAUCAUUUGUUCGGGCUGAUGGUCAUAAGUUUCCGGCAGAUAUUAUUGAAUCAGUUCAUUCGGAUAUUCCUGGUGAUCCACAAAUAAAAAUACGUCUUGCAAAUAAAGAAGAAGAUGAAGACGAAGAUGAAGCAACAAUUUCUAUCGAUACUGGAAGUGAUAGUGGAGAAGGAGAAGACGACGACGAAGAUUUACCAAUAAAAAAAAAGAAAUUACCAAAAUCAAAAUUUGACGAUAUGCAUGCUUUUCUUUGA